AUGUUACCCCCAAAAAAGCGCGGGCGGCCGAGAAAGUAUCAGGAUCCUGAAGAAGCUAGAAAAGCUAAUAUUGAAGCUACUGCUUCCCGCCGCAAAGCUAAAGCAACCCAAUCUUCAGGCCCUGUCGACUUCAUUGCUUUUGAACCUUCUCAUCCAGAAGUCCCUGUCAGCACUCCUCUUACAACCAGUCUUCGAACAUCUAUUCAAAUCCCUUAUGACGCUCAAGAUAUUGAAGAAGACGACAUUCCAGAAGAUCUACUUCCUUUACACUCUAUACAGUCAUCUUCGAUUAAUAAAGACAACAAUACCGCUACACAGAUUGAGCUGGUUCAGAUCAACAAACAAUUAGAUAACCUUGAAAGAAGCGAACAGGCUACAAAAAGAGUAGAAAGUUUUAUAGCAUCACAAAUAGCUACAACAACCAAUCCUAUUGAAGAGCCAAGAUCCAGCGAAUCACCAGAAGAAUAUCGAAACAAUGGGGUUGAAGCUGCAGCUCCUGAAUUACGAAUGAUGGAAGAGUCAACAGCUUACAAAAACCUUCCGCAACCUAGCUCUUUGCGCUCUCCAUCAAUAGUUUCUAAUGUAUCGAAUAAUUCACUAUCAAUAAUGUGGGGGGGUCACAGUGAUGAAGAUGAUGAUUCAUCAAAUGUUCAAAGACUGGUAAUAAAUUCACCAUUAUCACAAAGUUCGGCUUUAAACAACCAGCUUUUAUCCAAUAUUUCAUUAAGCAGCAGUAAGGGCGAAAAUGAUAUUUAUAUCGAUAAACCCAACCUUCUUCUCGAAUUGAAAUCUUUUCAUCGCCUCAGACUACCCAGUUAUCAUCUUUGCGAUCAUCACCCUUUUCAAGGUUGCACUCAUAACCAGCAUCAUAAAGCCGAUCAUUCCCAUCGGAGGCAUCACCAGCGUUCAGAUGUACAUUCUGAAUGUUCAUCCCUGCCUCAAAUUACUGCUCUUCUUAAGGGAGAUUACAUUGGAGGUUCACCUUUGCCCAAUGUUUUGAACAGUUCUAAGCUCAUGAAAGCAAGAGACUGCAACAAUAUUGAUUUUCAAGCAGCGUUUGAAGGGACUAGCGCAUCAGCAGCUCCUGAAGAUAACAACACACGGAAUGAGAAUUUGCCUAAGAAUCUAUGUUUAUCUCAGCAUUACACAAGUAGUAAGAAAAAUCGAUUGCCUAAAAUCACAUUUGAUAUUGAUAGCACCUGCUGCUUCCCCAGCAGUUUGGCAUUUGCAAAAUGUGGUAUCAAUUGGCUGCCUAAAGCGCAUGCUAUUUUCAACAUUAAAAGCGAUAUUCAUUUUGGAUUGCGGAUGCCAAAAUAUAACGAUCACGGAAUAUUAACUCGAGAAUACACCCCCCUUCACAAAAUUCCACAUUAUUGUUUUGGUUCUGUGAUUGGAAUUGAAACGCUAUACGUUUUUAUCUUUUUCCCUAAUCUUCAUUUGGAGAGUGAUUACUAUAAACACUCUACUUAUUUGAGUAAGCAAGAUGAUGAGCUAUUUUAUGAUGCUAUUGUUGGCCCAGCAUUAAAUAAGAUAAUCAAAUCCUCUAAUAUUGUACAACACUAUCCUGCAUCGGCUAAAAUUGCAGACUUGGACUCGAUUGCAGUAUCAACAGAGCGCCUUAGUCGAAAAGAGUCUGCUAGAGUUCAGCUCAUCAAACAUACCAUCCAGCCCCAAUACCUUGAUGCACUCUGGAAUCUAAUUCUUAAAAUGAUCGACGAGAAUCCAGGUUUUGAUCGAUUUCGUGGCGCAAACUUGUUUGCUAAUUUAAAGAAUACUAAGCUGGAAUUUAUGGAUACUGACUUAGUUCGAGUGUAUAAUAAUUGGCAAAGCAAGUGGUUUGCUGCAACAGAUGCACAAUUUUAUAAUCGAGAUCGCACCUACGUUGAUCUUGCCAAGCAGGUGACAUCUGAAGAUAGCGCUCUACCGUAUGAUCACAAGCCGGAAGAUCACGAGGCCGAAGUCUAUUUGUGGAAAAAAUGCUGUCUUGAGGCGUAUGCUAAGACCCGGGUUGUUCUUAAUGCAAAUGGGAGCCCAGCGAAAGGGAACCCUAAAUGCACUGUGUAUCCUUGGGCGGCAAUGCGGGAUACAGCGGGCCAGACUAUGUUCGCUGUCCCUAAUGGGGGUGAGAAUAGGGAUGGUUUAAUCUAUUCUCAAUUUUAUGGAUUGAUUAAGACGCCUUUUGAUUCAUCCAAGGUGUACGUUUUUGAGAAUGAUUCGGUAGAGAACUUGGCUCUCGACCCGGGGUAUAUUCAAUCUCUUCAACAAGAAGGCGGUGGAAUCACAUUUUCCAAAGCUAGGUGUGAAUCUAGCUAUCUUCACAGCAAGACGCGGGCAUCUACGAAUUUGGUUGACAACGGUGGAAAGUCUUAUGGGAUUCGAGAAGAGCAUCGGAUCUCUUUGACGAUUAUGGAAGAUAUUUAUCAUCAAUGGCAGGAUUGGGAUUUAUAUAAUGAUGAGGUGGAUUCCACUCAGUCUUCACUCCCUUACUACAUUAUCCCCACACGGCAGUUGUUUGACUUUCUCUCGGCCCAAAUCAAUAAAUAUUGCCUUCUCUUCGAGCAUAUUCUUGCAAACACUGGGGCAGCUUAUUCGCUACCAGAGACUAUUGUUAUGGUGAUAGCGUUGAGAGCCCUUCGAUUUUGCUAUGGCAGCAACCUAAUCCAGCGGGAGUCCUUAUUAUACAAAGAUCGCUGGGAGCCAAGCAGAGGCUCUAAGCGGAUUAUUAAAGAGGGUUUAGAGUAUCUCCACGUUUUGAAUAUCGAGCAAUUCGAUUUGGAUAUCUGGAAGGCAAUGCUCAAAGCCCACAAGCGCUCUCCUGAGUUGGCACCUGACGCGGUACAGAAUGGAGUUCCUCGAUUUUGCUACAAGGAUAUGAAGGAGAUGUUCAUUGUUAAUGGGCUUGUACAGCCACCUCAUUUUGCAACAGGGAAUAAAACGCGAUUUGAUGAAGUUAGCGAUCUUCUUAAUUUCCUCUUUUUAUGGCAGGAUGACGAGAAGCGUUUAGGCUGGAAUCGAAGGCCAUAUAGAGUCAUUUUACAAAAGACCUUUAUAUUGAUUAAAGAUCGGUUGGGACAUCGAAAAGCCGAUCAGUGGCUCAAUGAACUAUUCCAUUUAAUUCGGUUGACGCAUUGGGUUCUUCCUUAUCCAUCAGAGAAAGCUUUGAUUACAUCAACGAAAACUAAUCGAAAAAAAGGCCUUAAGGGGCGUAUGAUGUGGUUUCCGGUUGUGUAUAACCCUAAGAAGAUCGAGUUUUCUGCCUCUACAUCGCCUAUACUCUCUGGAAUUUUGCAGACCGCUCAGCAACAAAUAUUUGGCAGUAAUUCUGAACAGCCUUUGUGGAGCGUUAUUCAAAUAUUUGCUGCGUGUGUUGCUCAAGGGAUUAAGAUAUAUGAACAAAAAGAGGCCUGGGUACUUGGGAAAAGGAGUGGGAAAAAGGGUUUUCGGGGACCAAGCUCUGUAUCGGUUUGGGAGCCGGCGCUCCCGCCAAAAUUGAAGAUGCUGGAGCAGAUCAAGGAGCGGAGCUUGAGCGAGCUGGAAGAUCUAAUGCGUGGGUUUGUUGAACAAGCCAAUUCUAUUAGUGAUAUUCAGGAGCGAAAUGAUUUUCAAGAACAAGAGGACAUUCAGAUGCAGGAAAUGAUUCAAGAAAAGAUUCAAGAAAAGAUUCAAGAAAGGAUUCAAGCAAAAGAAGAUAAUUGCAGGCCAGGUCGCUUAUCUAUAUUAAUUACUCGCAGCAGUGAAUUUGCAGCUCCACAAAAGUGUAAUCGAAAAGUAAAUAAUCAAAGGGCAGAACAAGAAACCGAGUUAUAUGAGGAGGUUGGCAGCCGGGAGGGUAGCGUUUAUGAACCGCCAAGUAGUGAUGGAGAGAUCUAG